AUGCAUCGUAAUAGUGUUCACCUCUGCCUCCCUCCCUCACACUGCAAGGCACUGUUCAAGCUAUUUCACCUUUUCUACACUGCAAGGCACUGUUCGAUUACGCAUAGUAUUCACCUCUGCCUCCUCCCCCUCACACUGCAAGGCACUCAGCAGUGGAGAUUACGCAUCGUAAUAGUGUUCACCUCUGCCUCCCUCCCCUCACACUGCAAGACACUGUUCAACUAUUUCACCUUUUCUAGCAGCAGACGGCGAUUACGCACACUGCAAGUAAUAGUGUUCACCUUACUGCCUCCCUCCCCUCACACUGCAAGGCACUGUUCAUCUAUUUCACCUUUUUUAGCAGCAGUGGCGAUUACGCAUCGUAAUAGUGUUCAUUGCCUCCUCCCUCACACUGCAAGACACUGUUCAACUAUUUCCCUCAGCAGCUGGCGAUUACGCAUCGUAAUAGUGUUCACUGUUCACACUGCAAGGCACUGUUCAACUAUUUUUUUUCUAGCAGCAGUGGCGAUUACGCAUCGUAAUAGUGUUCACCUCUGCCUCCCUCCCUCACACUGCAAGACACUGUUCAACUAUUUCACCUUUUCUAGCAGCAGUGAGAUUACGAUUACGCAUCGUAAUAGUGUUCACCUCUGCCUACCUCCCUCCCUCCCCGCUCACACUGCAAGGCACUGUUCAACUAUUUCACCUUUUCUAGCAGCAGUGGAGAUUACGCAUCGUAAUAGUGUUCACCUCUGCCUCCCUCCCCACACUGCAAGACACUGUUCAACUAGUUCACCUUUUCUAGCAGCAGUGGAGAUUACGCAUCGUAAUAGUGUUCACCUCUGCUCCCUCCCUCACACUGCAAGGCACUCAGCAGUGGAGAUUACGCAUCGUAAUAGUGUUCACCUCUGCCUCCCUCCCUCACACUGCAAGGCACUGUUCAACUAUUUCACCUUUUUUAGCAGCAGUGGCGAUUACACAUGUCGCAUAGUGUUCACCUCUGCCUCCCUCCCUCACACUGCAAGACACUCAGCAGUGGAGAUUACGCAUCGUAAUAGUAUUCACCUCUGCCUCCCUCCCUCACACUGCAAGGCCCUGUUCAUCUAUUUCACCUUUUUAGCAGCAGUGGCGAUUACGCAUCGUAAUAGUAUUCACCUCUGCCUCCCCUCCCUCACACUGCAAGGCACUCAGCAGUGGCGAUUACGCAUCGUAAUAGUAUUCACCUCUGCCUCCCUCCCUCACACUGCAAGGCACUGUUCAACUAUUUCACCUUUUCUAGCAGCAGUGGCGAUUACGCAUCGUAAUAGUGUUCACCUCUGCCUCCUCCCCUCACACUGCAAGGCACUGUUCAACUAUUUCCCUUUUUUAGCAGCAGUGGCGAUUACGCAUCGUAAUAGUGUUCACCUCUGCCUCCCUCGCUCACACUGCAAGGCACUGUUCAUCUAUUUCACCUUUUUUAGCAGCAGUGGCGAUUACGCAUCUGGCGAUUACAGUGGCGAUUACACUGCAAGGCACUGUUCAAUAGUGUUUUUCAGCAGCAGUGGAGAUUACGCAUCGUGUAUUCCUCCCUCCUCCCUCACACUGCAAGGCACUCGCAUCGUUAUGCAUCGUAAUAGUGUUCACCUCUGCCUCCCCCCUCACACUGCAAGGCACUGUUCAACUAUUUCACCUUUUCUAGCAGCAGUGGCGAUUACGCAUCGUAAUAGUGUUCACCUCUGCCUCCCUCCCCUCACACUGCAAGGCACUCAGCAGUGGCGAUUACGCAUCGUAAUAGUGUUCACCUCUGCCUCCCUCCCUCCUCACACUGCAAGGCACUGUUCAACUAUUUCACCUUUUCUAGCAGCAGUGGCGAUUACGCAUCGUAAUAGUAUUCACCUCUGCCUCCUCCCUCACACUGCAAGGCACUCAGCAGUGGAGAUUACGCAUCGUAAUAGUGUUCACCUCUGCCUCCCUCCCCCACUCACACUGUUCAAGACACUGUUUGCAUCUAUUUCACCUCUUUUCACACUAGCAGUUCAACUAGAUCACCAUUACGCAUGGAGAUUAGUGUAUUCACCUCUGCCUCCCCUCCCUCACACUGCAAGGCACUUGUUCACCUCUGCUCUCCCUCCCUCACACUGCAAGGCACUGUUCAUCUAUUUCACCUUUUUUAGCACCUUUUUCACCUCUGCCUCCCCUCACAGCAAGCACUGUUCAAUUACGCAUCCUUUUAGUGUUCAUUACCAUCGUAAUGCCUUCCCUCCCCUCCCUCACACUGCAAGGCACUGUUCAACUAUUUCACCUUUUCUAGCAGCAGUGGCGAUUACGCAUCGUAAUAGUAACCUCUGUCCAUCCUCACACUGCAAGGCACUGUUCCUCCCUUUUCUAGCAGCAGUGGCGAAGGCACUGUGUUCAAAUCUUUCCUCCUUUCCCUCACACUGCAAGGCACUGUUCAAAUAUUUCACCUUUUUAGCAGCAGUGGCGAUUGCGCAUCGUAAUAGUGUUCACCUCUGCCUCCCCUCCCUCACACUGCAAGGCACUCAGUGGAGAUUACGCAUCGAUUGUUCACCUCUGCCUCCCUCCUCACACUGCAAGGCACUGUUCAACUAUUUCACCUUUUCUGCCAGUGGCCGCAUCGUAAUAGUGUUCACCUCUGCCUCCCUCCCUCACACUGCAAGGCACUCAGCAGUGGAGAUUACGCAUCGUAAUAGUGUUCACCUCUGCCUCCAUCCCUCACACUGCAAGGCACUGUUCAACUAUUUCACCUUUUCUAGCAGCAGUGGCGAUUACGCAUCGUGGGCCAGUGUUCACCUCUGCCUCCCACUCCCUCACACUGCAAGGCACUUGUUCACCUCUGCCUCCCUCCCUCACACUGCAAGGCACUGUUCAACUAUUUCACCUUUUUUAGCAGCAGUGGCGAUUACGCAUCGUAAUAGUGUUCACCUCUGCCUCCCUCCUCACACUCAAGACACUCAGCAAGGCACUGUUCCAUCUAUUACGCAGCAGCAGUGGCGAUUACGCAUAGUGUUCACCUCUGCCUCCUCCCUCACACUGCAAGGCACUGUUCAUCUAUUUCACCUUUUUAGCAGCAGCAGUGGCGAUUACGCAUCCAGCAGUGGAGAUUACGUGUUCACCUCUGCCUCCCUCCCUCACACUGCAAGGCACAGUUCAACUAUUUCACUUUUUUUAGCAGCAGUGGCGAUUACGCAUCGUAAUAGUAUUCACCUCCCUCCCUCACACUGCAAGGCACUCAGCAGGCGAUUACGCAUCGUAAUAGUGUUCACCUCUGCCUCCCUCCCUCACACUGCAAGGCACUGUUCAUCUAUUUCACCUUUUCUAGCAGCAGUGGAGAUUACGCAUCGUAAUAGUGUUCACCUCUGCCUCCUCCCCACACUGCAAGGCACUCAGCAGUGGCGAUUACGCAUCGUAAUAGUGUUCAACUCUGCCUCCCUCCCUCACACUGCAAGACACUGUUCAUCUAUUUCACCUUUUCUAGCAGCAGUGGCGAUUACGCAUCGUAAUAGUGUUCACCUCUGCCUCCCUCCCUCACACUGCAAGGCACUGUUCAUCUAUUUCACCCUUUUCCUAGCAGCAGUGGAAUUACGCAUCGUAAUAGUGUUCACCUCUGCCUCCUCCCUCACACUGCAAGGCACUUGUUCACCUCUGCCUCCCUCCCUCACACUGCAAGCACUGUUCAUCUAUUUCACCUUUUUUAGCAGCAGGGCGAUUACGCAUCGUAAUAGUGUUCACCUCUGCCUCCCUCCUCCACUGCAAGGCACUGUUCAUCCUUUCACCUUUUUUAGCAGCAGUGGAGAUACGCAUCGUAAUAGUGUUCACCUCUGCCUCCCUCCCCUCACACUGCAAGGCACUGUUCAACUAUUUCACCUUUUUAGCAGCAUCGUAAUAGUACGCCUCUCCCCUCCUCACACUGCAAGACACUGUUCAACUUCACCUCUGCCUCCCUCCCUCACACUGCAAGGCACUCAGCAGUGGCGAUUACGCAUCGUAAUAGUGUUCACCUCUGCCUCCCUCCCUCACACUGCAAGGCACUGUUCAACUAUUUCACCUUUUCUAGCAGCAGUGGCGAUUACGCAUCGUAAUAGUGUUCACCUCUGCCUCCCUCCCUCACACUGCAAGACACUGUUCAUCUAUUUCACCUUUUCUAGCAGCAGUGGCGAUUACGCAUCAUUGUUCACCUCUGCCUCCCUCCCUCACACUGCAAGGCACUGUUCAUCUAUUUCACCUUUUCUAGCAGCAGUGGCGAUUACGCAUCGUAAUAGUGUUCACCUCUGCCUCCCUCCCCUCACACUGCAAGACACUGUUCAACUAUUUUUUACUUUUCUAGCAGCAGUGGAGAUUACGCAUGUUCACCUCUGCCUCCUCCCUCACACUGCAAGGCACUGUUCACCUCACCUUUUAGCAGCAGUGGCGAUUACGCAUCGUAAUAGUGUUCACCUCUGCCUCCCCUCCCUCACACUGCAAGGCACUGUUCAUCUAUUUCACCUUUUUUCAGCAGUGGCGAUUACGCAUCGUGUUUCACCUCUGCCUCCCUCCUCACACUCAAGGCACUCCCUUCCCCUUUUUUAG